GAUUCAAGCAGUUGUAAGCCAGUCUUUACUUCAGACCAACCAUGCUUUUUAUCUUAUUACUUGUAGCAUGCUGUUCUUCCAGAUCGGUUUACGAUGAUGUGUCUUCUUCAUGGGAAGACUCUGAACCUAGAUGGGAAGAAUCUAAUCAAGUAGACUUUGACAGUGAAGAAGAAGAUGAGCCCUCCGCAUCAUGGGAGAGUGUUUCACAUGAGGAAACAUCUUGGGUUGAAGAAUCAAAACCCAGGGUGAAAACAGUAAGAAAGUGUAAAUGUGUUACUGACACUAAACCUUGCAAGAACAAGACCAAAAAGAGCUCCUCAAAUUGGGUAGCAUCUGAUUCUGCAGAAUCACUAAAAACUGCUACCAUGACUGAGGAAAAGACUUUAGGAGCAGAACUGUCAGAAAAUGGAAUGAAAGAGGAGCAUGGGAAUUCUGCACCAGUUGGAGAUGAUUAUUUCGACUUAGGAGGACUUCUUGGGUUACUUCCUCAAGCACUGGUGCUGGGCGGGGAAAUCCCCAGAGGUGUAUUUUAGUGGACUUAAUCUUUCAAUAAAUUCAGCAUCUCAUGAAUAGCUUGUACUAAACUUAAAUAAAGUAUAUUUGAUUUUA